AUGCUGGGACGUUUGUCUUGGCGUGAGAUUGCCGGUGUUCCUGCACCGAGUGAGCCCACAGAAAGCAAGGUGCAGAUGCGGCGACGGCCCCGCAGGGACUACGAGCGGGAACAGGCGUCUAUGCUUGCGAAGCGUCAUCGGCAGAAUGGAGGGGGUCAGUCUCAAGAGGAGGAGACACAGGAGAGCCCUUGGAUGAGCUCCUUGCGAGGCAAAGUCCGGUGUGGUGCAGAGCCACUGGCAGCUCUCCAACGAAACAUGUGGCUCAGGGGCUCUAACCUUCGUCCUCGUGUACAUACUGGCAAGAUGCGCCGUUCGUAUCGCUGUGGCCUUGACUCCAAGUGA